AUGAACACCGUUUCUGUUCUGCAAGAUUUUAAUGCAUGUCAAUUCCUUGUCGCUUUAUCCACUUUAAUAUUUAGUAUUCUUUUUGCAUUUCGCGUACAAACAUUCAUUUUGUGGAGUUACUGGAUUAUAUUUUUACCCCUAUAUAUUUGGAAAACAAUCAUUAUAAUUGGUGCAAUAACUGGAGUGAUCACUUAUUUUCAUGUAUCAGUUGUGCACCGAGAACGCGGUUCACCUGUCCAAUGUCGCGCAUUAUUUUUAAAUUUAAUAACAGCUUCUCUUCUUUUAACUUUUGAAGUAUUAGUUUGUUAUAAUCUGGAACAGUCUACUGUAAAUAAACUAAAAUGGGUCUAUUGUUUUUUACCAUUAAUUAUUUUGUCGAUUGUCUCGGUCUUCAGCUACAUUUGGGCACUAAGACAUGGUCGUGAAUGGGAAAUUUAUGGAUUGUUUGUAGUUAACAUUUUACAAUUUAUAUUUAUCUCAGUUCGAUUAGACAACAGUAUCACAUGGAAUUUUGUUUUUGUGUUUAUUCCCUUGUAUAUUACAAUGGCGGUAGCAAUUAUUUUUAGUAUAUGUCGAUCAAUAUGGAAUAUUAUUCAUCACAGAGAAGCAACAGUUCACCUUCACAAUCUGAAUCACGAUCGUUGUCACCGAAUAUAUCGAAAUUCAAUUGCAAAUAUUUGUAUACUCAUGUUUUUACUCAUUUUUGAGAUUCUUUUGGCACAUUACUUGGAUCAUACGGUCGAUAUUUCAUUUAGUGGCGUAUGUUUACCAUUAUGGUCAGCUUUGAUUGUCCUAAUAUAUACUUCGUUUGGAACUCGUGCACCAUCAAAUUAUUGGUGGUUUGGUCUUCGACAAAAUUUUUGUGAUUGGUUGUUAAAUAUAUUUCCAGUUUUACAAAUUUAUGGUAAUAUUGAAUAUCGUUUCAAUAAUACUUCAACAACACAAUCAUUAUCAUCUAUUCCAAGCAUCGAAGAUACAAUUCGAAACAGCGAUCAUCAUCGUGUAAUUCGUCAAGGACGUUUUCAUUUUUUUAAAAAAUCUUUUUAUAACAAACAACAACAAGAUAAAGAAAAAUCAGAACUUUUAGUUCCAUUUACAGUAAUAACGUCACCGCUUCGAUUUGUUAUUACAUUUUGUCUAUUGAUAUUUACAUUACCAUUUGCAUUGCAAUUAGAUGACUAUAUUCAGAUUAGUUUUUGGUUGGUAUUUCUACCGUUGUAUAUAUGGAAAAUGUUAGUUAUUUUUGGUGCCUUGACGGGUCUAAUCGUCUGGUAUAAAACAGAUCGUAACAGAAAUUUUCGUGAUAAUGACUGUCGUGCUCUCACCAUUUAUUUAUGUAUACAUGUAUUAUUGUUUAUAUUUGAAUUACUUAUUGUGUUUCUCCCAUUUUGGAUCUCGUUGAGUAUUGCCUUAUUAUUUACUAGUUCGAAAUUAAUCAUUGCGAUUGUACACCGAUGUACUCAUCGUCUAAUAGCGUCAAAUCAACGUGAGACCGGUACAACAUCAGACGCAAUUGUUUAUGGCUGUAUAUUUAUUCCAUUUUUGAUAUUUGCUAUACUUCUGGUUGAUCGACUAGACGGAAACAAUAGUUUUUCGUUUUGUAUUAUAUCAAUUCCAUUGUGGAUAACAUUAAUAUCUUGGAUGAUAAUGCCUUUUGGCGCUAGUAAUGCAAAUCCAUGGUGGUUUGGUUUACGACGAGAUAUUUGCGAAUGGACAGUAUCAAAAUGUCCACUAUUACAAUUAUAUGGAAACAAUCAAUAUAAAUUUGUUACGAGAAUGCCUGAUAAUAUAGUCAUAAAUGUUACGAAAAAACAAGAGUCUGAAAGUGUCAACGAGCAUUAUCGAACAUUAACAGCGAAAAAGUUAAAUCAGAAUACAAUGAGUUUAGAAGUACCCGAUUGA